CGCUUCACAGUUUGCAUUAAAAAAUGGAAAAAAAGGUUUAAUCUUUUUUGGCGACUCUCUCUCUUUCUACUGAAUAGAGUAAAAAACAAGGGGCAGAGAAAGGCCAAAAAACCCAAUCCAUUUAUCUUGAAUGGCCUCCUCAACUCCGCCAGGUCACUGUACACUCACCGCCGCCAAACCCUACCAGAACCACCACCUUCACCACCCUCACAACCACCACCCCACCUCCUCCCACCACCACCAGAGCUGGCGCCCCCCUCAGGUCUCUCUAAACAACCACGCCGCCGCCGCCGUCGCCAGGCCCGCCCUCCCACGCCUCUCCGACUUCUCCGGCCGCCGCUCCACCAGAUGCGUCUCAAAAAUGCAUUUCGGCCGCCCUAGGUCAGGUUCAACCUCCUCCCGCCACUCCGCCGCCGCGGAGGAGGCCCUUCAGCUCGCCCUCAGCUGUGGCGGCGGCGAGGUGAGUAACAUCGAUGAUAUCCUAGUUGAAUUUCAGCCCAAGCUGCGCGCAUCUGAUGAUUACACAUUCUUGUUGAGGGAAUUGGGGAAUAGAGGGGAUUGGGUCAACGCGAUGAGAUGCUUUGAAUUCGCAAUCAAUCUUGAAAAGAGAAGGAAUGAAAAGGGGAAACUAGCUAGCUCUAUGAUUAGUACUCUUGGUAGAUUGGGGAAAGCUGAUUUAGCUAAAAAUGUGUUUGAUGUUGCCGUCAGUGAGGGCUAUGGCAACACCGUUUACGCCUAUUCCGCUCUCAUUAGCGCCUACGCGAAGAGCGGGUGCUGUGAUGAGGCGAUCGGGGUGUUUAGGAGUAUGAAAGACUCGGGCUUGAAGCCGAAUUUAGUGACUUAUAAUGCCUUGAUAGAUGCUUGUGGCAAAGGGGGGGCUGAUUACAAGAGGGCUUCGGAGAUAUUCAAUGAUAUGCUGGAAAACGGGGUUUUGCCCGAUAGGAUCACCUACAAUUCGCUUCUUGCAGUUUGUAGUGGUGCGGGGCUGUGGGAGGUUGCGAGGAGCUUGUUUGAUGAGAUGGUGCAUAGACGGAUUGAUCAAGAUAUAUACACGUAUAACACGUUAUUGGAUGCAGCGUGCAGUGGGGGGCACAUUGAUGUGGCUUUUGAGAUAAUGGCGACGAUGGCUGCCAAGAGUGUGUUCCCUAAUGAGGUGACGUAUAGCACUAUGAUCCGUGGAUGUGCCAAGGCAGGGAAGAUGGACCGAGCACUGAAUCUGUUCAAUGAGAUGAAGCUUGCUGGUAUCAAGCUGGACCGGGUGUCCUACAACACCUUGCUGUCUAUUUAUGCGAGUCUUGGGAGAUUCGACGAGGCUUUUGCUGUUGGGAAGGAGAUGGAGAGCAUCGGGAUUAAGAAGGAUGUUGUCACGUACAAUUCCCUGUUGGAUGGAUUCGGGAAGCAGGGGAUGUAUGAUAAGGUCAAAGAGCUGUUUGUGGAGAUGAAACGAGGGAAUCUGUGUCCUAACUUGCUAACUUAUUCGGCUUUGAUAAGUGGUUUUUGUAAAGGAGGUUUGUACAAAGACGCAACGGAAGCUUACACAGAAUUCAAACGACAGGGCCUUAAGGCGGAUGUUGUUUUCUACAGCAAUCUGAUUGAUGCAUUGUGCAAGAAGGGGCUGGUGGAAUCAUGUGCAUUGUUGCUAGAUGAGAUGAUGAGGGAUGGGAUCCAGCCUAAUGUUGUCACCUACAAUUCGAUCAUCAAUGCCUUUGGUCAAACAGAAACUGUUGAUUAUGCUGAAGCUCAGAUUGAAUCCUCCAAUUCACUAACUUAUACUAAUGGUAAGAUGGUUGUUAAGGAAGAUGACCGAAUCAUUGAAGUUUUUAAGCAGUUGGCUUGUGGUAAAUCGGGAAAUCUGAAGCAAGACCAGAGGACAAGAAAGGACUUCCGGUGUGUGUUAGGUAUUUUCCGCAAGAUGCAUGAGAUGAAAAUAAAGCCGAAUGUUGUUACUUUCUCAGCAAUCCUAAAUGCUUGCAGCCGGUGCAACUCAUUCGAGGAAGCUUCGUUGCUGCUGGAGGAACUGCGGCUUUUUGAUAAUCAAGUUUAUGGAGUGGCAUAUGGACUCCUAAUGGGUCACAACGAGCACACUUGGUCCCAAGCUUUAUCGCUCUUUGAUGAGGUGAAGCGGAUGGAUUCCUCAACGGCUUCGGCUUUUUACAAUGCUUUGACUGACAUGCUGUGGCACUUUGGCCAGAAACGGGGCGCUCAGCUCGUUGUUCUUGAAGGUAAACGUCGAGAGGUUUGGGAAAACACCUGGACGCAGUCCUGCAUUGAUCUGCAUCUCAUGUCCUCAGGUGCUGCACGAGCAAUGGUCCAUGCCUGGUUGCUCAACAUACGCUCAACUGUGUUCGAAGGCCACGAGCUGCCAAAGCUGCUAAGCAUACUAACUGGAUGGGGCAAGCACAGCAAGGUGGUGGGCGAUGGAGCACUCAAGCGCGCGAUAGAGGCGCUGCUGGUGAGCAUAGGGGCGCCGUUUCAGGUGGCCAAGUGCAACAUCGGGAGGUUCGUAUCGACAGGGGCAGUGGUGACAGCGUGGCUGAGGGAGUCCGGCACGCUCGAGGUGCUCGUCCUUGAAGACGACAGAACUCUCCCACGCACGAGAUUUGGGCUUCUUCCUAACUUGCAACCUUUGCCAUUGUAGCACUUGUUUCGUGUAUGAAUGAAAAUGGCCCAAACUUAGGUCGUGUGUAAUUUGUGUAACCAUGAACCUCUCCCUCUCUCAAUUUUGUAAUAUAUGUUGAACUUCACUUCUGGGAAAUAGUAGAGUGAGCGAGGUUCUGCAUUGUGUUUAAAAUCUUGGUCGAAAAUUAUUAUUCUGGAAUUUUAUCA